AUGGGGAAGUACGCUGUUGUUGUUAUUGGUCCAGCAGGUAGUGGUAAAAGUACUCUUUGCACUGUUCUGGCUGAACACUAUGCGACGAAGGGUCGUUCUACACAUAUCUGUAAUUUUGAUCCUGCUGCGGAUGAGUUACCAUACAAUCCAUCCAUGGAUAUUCGUGAACUCAUUUCUUUAGAAGACGCGAUGGAAGGAAAAGGACUUGGUCCAAAUGGUGGAUUAGUGUUUUGUAUGGAAUACUUACUAAGCCAAGGUGAGGUAUGGAUUAAUGAUCAAUUAGGUGAUCAUGCAGAGGAUUUUAUUAUUGUUGAUAUGCCAGGACAAGUGGAGGUUCUUUCACAUAUUCCUGCUGUACCUGAAUUUGUAAAACUCUUACAGCGUUCUGGUUAUAAUGUUGUGGUUCUUUUUCUUUUGGAUGCGUUAGCCGCAACCGCAGAUGCGGGAAAGUUUGUCUCUGGUUGUACCUUCGCCCUUUCCAGUAUGGUGUGUUUUGAUUGUCCUUUUUUGAAUGUUCUCACCAAGUGUGAUCUUCUCCCACGUAAUGUUAAAGAAGAGGCAUUGGAACACUUCUGCACAUGUGAUUUUGACUAUUUAAAUACAAAACCCCUUCCAGAGCGAUGGCGUGAAAUGGUUCGUACAAUGGCAUCUGUUAUUUCUGAUUUUAAUCUGGUAACAUUUCGCCCAAUGGAUAUUACAGAUAUAGCGUAUGUGGGAAAUCUAUGCGAGCUGGUGGAUGAGGUAUUACAGGUGGUAGAUGAUGCCGAAGUAAAUGAUCGCGAUUUCCCUAUGAACGGUGAUUACGAUGAUGAACAUGAACAAGGGGAAGAGGCUAUGGAUUGGAAGCACUACUGA